GUGUUGUAGACAUGACCCAUGUCCCCUUGGCCGCGGCUAAUAGAGUUCUAUCGAAUAUUUGGUAUAAGGCAGGUUAUAGUUGGACUUGGAUUCAAAUUGUGUGAAAACAGGGUAUGAAGUCGUAUCCUAAUAAAACACUUGUAUCCUAACCCUCGUAUAUAUGCGAAGGUAGACCCACGAUAUAAUCUACGCCGUCAUAAUAACCCAAACACGGAAGGGGGGCUGGCGGCAUGUGCCGGCACCCGGGUGGCCGGAGUCGGAGCGCCCAUAGUACAACCCCGGGAUGUAGCCCAACUCAACGUACCUCGUUAACAGAUCUCGGUGUCAUGCCUCUGUGAUUGUCUGAUCCUCGACAGAUGGACGGCACACCUCGGAUUAAUUCUGACAUUUAGUAGCACUUUCGACACUAUUUGGCACCAUCAUGGCAACAGCACUGGCCGUCGUCGCCAUGGCCAGACGCGUCUCCGAGUCCGGCUCGCGGCAGGUCGCCGCCGUCUCCGACUCUACUCCGGCCAUCUUCCUACUUUUCUUUUCACGAGAUUUUGUUUUCUUACCAAAAAAGAUUUCCUUAAAACCAGAAUCCCCGAGGCUUAUGUGUCCGACUCGCACGAGGUGUUUCGCUCGCGCGAUAUACCGGCUCGUAACCGACGCCAACACCCGCGAUCCGCCGGAAAAACUCGAGUUUGGUAGCAGUAUUCAUCUUCCCACCGCGUCCGCCGGCCGGAAGCAUCGCAUCUGUGUCCCGCGCCGGCGCCGGACGAACGAUCAUGGACAUCGCGGAGUACGUCGCGUUCAUGGACGGCGGCGGCCGGGGCCCGCGGGGUGACGAGCUGCGGCGGCGGGCCAGGGAGCACCUGCUCGCGUCCGGCUGGACCCUCUACAAGUUCGCCAAGUGCGACGGCCGCCAGGAGCUCCGCUACCGGGCGCCCCACGGCGCCUCCUACAUCUCCCUCAUCGUCGCCUGCAAGAAGUUCCAGCUCUUCACCACCGCGCCGCCGAGGACCCCCGCGGCCGCUCGCGGGAAGCCGCGUAGGAAGAGGAGCGCGUCGCCGGGUUGUUCGUCCGGGAAGGGGAUGGGGAAGGAGAUCGCUCGUGUGAUAGGCCCGAUCGGUGCGGAAAAUGGCGGCUGUAAGAGGGGGUUUGGCGACGGCGAGGAGGACGGGUGUGGGCCGGCCGUCGGCAAUCCGUUCGCCGGCGAGUGCCGCGCGAGGCACAGGAAGGUGAGGAGGGUCUCCGCGCUCUACGCCGACGACGCCCUCCAGAAGUACGCCGCCAAGAAGAGGAAGAAAGCGUCGGCGUCGGCGUCUCCCGCGGCGUCUCCCCAAAGCUCUGCGUCUCCCGCGGCGUCUCCCCAAAGCUCUGCGUCUCCCGCGGCGUCGCCGUCGCGCGUGCUGCGGCCGAGGCCCAAAGACGGCGACAAGGCAGAGGCGGCGGCGGCGUGCCGGCCGACCCGCGCGAGGACGAUCCUCGCGGUGCUCAUGGACAAGAAAAUCUUCCCCCCGACGGCCAAGAUGUCCUACAAGCGAUCCAGGGACGAGCCUCCGGCGAAGCAGGGCACGGUCACCGCGCAAGGGACCAUACGGUGCGCGUGCGGCUGCGGCGGCAAGGCCUUCACCGUGGCGGAGUUCGCGGCGCACGCUGGCGGCGGAUGCGGCGAUGACCGCCCGUCGGCGAGCGUGUACCUCAACGACGGCAGGUCGCUGUCGCAGUGUCUGGUGCAGCUGAUGCGCGCCCACGGCGGCGGCAGCAGCAGGGCCAUGGGCUCGCCGUCGCCGCGCGCGAGGCUGAAGCGCAGAUGCCCGCCCGAGCUGGGGGACGGCGACUGGGUGUGCUCCGUCUGCGCCGACUUCGGUGACAUGCUGAUCUGCGACUGCUGCCCGUCGACGUUCCACCACGGCUGCGUCGGCCUCGACGCCACCCCGCACGGGGAGUGGUUCUGCCCUUCCUGCCGGUGCGCCGUCUGCGGCUCCAGCGAGUUCGAGCUCGACGACGGCCAGUUCACCGACAAGACGGUGAUCUACUGCGACCAAUGCGAGCGAGAGUAUCAUGCCGGCUGCGUCAGGGGCAGGGGCGACCAGCUCGAGUGCUGCCCGGAAGGGCCAUGGCUCUGCGGCCAUGACUGCUCGAACAUUUUCCAGCGUCUGCAAGGGCUGGUUGGCAGAUCAAUGCCUACAUCAGCGGAAGGCGUGACCUUCACCGUGUUGAGAUCAACGAAGCUCCCCGAGGAGGAGGCCAUGGCGGCGGAGGAGCACGGGAAGCUGUGCGCGGCGUUCGACGUGCUCCAUGAAUGCUUCAUCACCCUCAUCGAGCCGCAGACGCGGACCGACCUCAGCCACGACAUCGUCUUCAACAGAGAAUCGGAGCUGAGACGGCUAAAUUUCCGGGGAUUCUACGUGGUCGGUCUCGAGAAAGGCGGCGAGCUCAUAACCGUGGGCACGCUCAGGGUGUACGGGAGGAAGGUCGCGGAGCUGCCGCUCGUCGGGACCCGGUUCGUGCAUCGCCGGCAAGGGAUGUGCCGCCUCCUCAUAAACCAACUGGAGAAGUUGCUUGGCGAGUUAGGGGUGGAGAGGCUCGUGCUGCCGGCGGUGCCCGAGCUUCUACCGACAUGGACCGGAUCCUUCGGUUUCCAGGCCAUGAGCCAUUCCGACAGGAUGGAGAUCGCGGAGCACACCGUCAUGUGCUUUCAGGGAACCACAAUGUGCCACAAGUUCAUCGUCAGCGCCGCGACUCCAUGAAGAUGAAACAUGCUGCUACUAUGUGCUAGAAAUCAAGAGUUCAGGAGAGGAUCGCUACACUGACAGACCGGUUGUACAUUAGUUUGGUACUAGUGCUGCACAUGUAUGAUGUAGGAUGUAGGUGAAAAGUUAAAGUCCAUUUUCUGUCGUGUGACUGAUGCAGUAAUUUGGACUUUUAUGAAGGAAAUUACUAGCGGAGAUCCUAUUAUUUA